UACAUCGUCUGACCGAUUGUUCGUACAUGGAAUGAUCUUCACGGCCUUUGCGUAUAUUGUUUGAACGUCAUGUGUUACCGACUGUUCGACGACUGUCUCAUCAGUCAGGUAGGCAAGAUAUGAUGUCUAUCUACCAACUUGCUUUGCUAACACCGAAUCUUCCCUUGGUACUAUGCAUCGAUAAAAGCGCCAUGGUAUCCCCGAGACGUCCUCUUGUACAAUGAAGAGAUUUGUCCACAAGCGAUAUGUUUUGGAGAGCCUGGUCAAGAUCAGUUGGAUAUGUAGACCGGUGAGGAUUGGAUUUGGAAGGAUGAGUUGUGUUUGGUGAUUGAUGAUCUUAACCUUUGUCAUGUGUUUAACUUUUAGACGAAAGUUUGUACGGGUAGACGAAUCUAGGCGAGAUGUUAAGAAGAUUGUGCUUGGUACUUUGCUUACUUGUUUCAGAUUUCGGCAGUGACUGCCGUAUUGUUAUGAAAGGUACUCUGGGUGUCUCAGAGAGGUCGAAGGAGAUGAGUACUGCUUCUCUCGGCCACCGCGGACUCCGAGUAGCGAUUCUACCUCGCAGAUUGAACUGCAAGUUAACACGUCUUUGCGGAAUGAACUACCUUCUAUGGCGGCGUGAUUGCUACAUAGCUACCUUGGUAGUCUCAAAGCUCUAUCGGUAACUGUGAGCAUGCUCUCCUAGCCGUGUUGUGGUCGCGCUCAUCUCGUGAUGAUUCGAUUGCAACGACCUUAAGCGGUACUUUGGGUGGUUGGGUAUGUAACGUUGGAAUGACGCUGAUUUGCCGACAGAGUCUGAAUUGAUACGUCUCCAUUUGCAUCUACGGUACGGCGAUGUGCUAGCACCACUUAGACACUAUGAUGCUACCCAGAACAUCAAUCAUCAAAUAUGU